AUGCUAUUUCUCUGUCUCAGAAUGCUUCAAAGAGGCUUUGCUGAUAACGAAAAAGAUGGAGGGCCCCACUUUGCUGAAGUGUUUGUAAUUGUCUGGUUUGGUGCAGUUACAAUCACCCUCAACUCAAAGCUUCUAGGAGGAAACAUAUCUUUUUUUCAGAGCCUCUGUGUGCUGGGUUACUGUAUACUUCCUUUGACAGUAGCAAUGCUUGUUUGCCGGCUGGUACUUUUGGCUGAGCCAGGACAAAUAAACUUCAUGGUCCGGCUUUUUGUGGUGACCGUGAUGUUUGCCUGGUCUAUCAUAGCUUCUACAGCUUUUCUUGCUGAUAGCCAACCUCCAAACUGUAAGGCCCUGGCUGUUUAUCCUGUGUUCUUGUUCUAUUUUGUCAUCAGUUGGAUGAUUCUCACCUUUACUCCUCAGUAAACCAGGAGUUAAACCAUGAAUUGACAGCUCAUCUGAAUGUUGCAGUUCACCAUAGAGUUUUGCCUCUGGUCC